AUGUCUGCAAGUACUGUAUACAGGAUGAGGUCAAAGGCUCUGAGGGAUAUUUAUGGGGGUCAUGACAUCUCAUAUGCCCAACUUCCUGACUACUGUGAAAUGGUGAGAUCAACAAACCCAGGUUCUUUUGCAUUCUGUGCUUGGACACCUCAAGAUCAUAUUGACAGGCCUUUGCAAUUCCUAAACAUCUUUAUAUCAUUCAAAGGCUGUAAAGAUGGGUUGUUAGCUGGCUGUAGGAGCUUUAUAGGUGUUGAUGGGGCUCACCUAAAGGGGAAUUAUGGCGGUGUCCUGUUAUCUGCAGUGGCACUAGAUGCAAACAAUGAGCUAUUCCCCUUUGCUUGGGCAAUUGUAUCAGUUGAGGACACAGAGAAUUGGAAGUUCUUUCUGUGGCAUUUGAAGAACUUGCUCAAAGACAGUGGGAGAGGGGAUGAGUGGUGCAUUAUCUCAGACAGACAGAAGGGUAUUGAUGCUGCAUUAACUGAGUUGUGGCCAAAGGCUGGAAGGAGAUAUUGCUGCAAGCACCUGGUAAAGAAUUGGAAGAAACCAUUCCCUGGCCCUUUGAUGUUUAGCCUGUUCUGGAUGGCUUGUGGGGCAUAUUCUGAGUUCACAUUCAAAAAAGCCAUGGAACAGCUACAGAAGGAAGCAAGUUCUGCAAAUUGGGUAGAUGAUGACAUAUGUCCAAACAUCAAGGCUAGACUUAAAGUGAUAACUCAAGAGUCCAGGUGUUGCAAGGCAUACCCUAGUGCUGAUGGGUAUGAGGUGACUGAUGGAAAAUCAGUGCUCCCUAUCAGUUUUGCUGAUAAAAGGUGCCUUUGUGGGGUAUGGCAGAUCUUUGGAAUUCCUUGCAGGCAUGGCAUGAGAGCCAUCUUGCGUGCAAGGAUUGAUCCAAAACACUUUGUCCAUGAAUGGUACUAUGUGAGAAGGUAUAAAGCUGCAUAUGCUGGUGGAAUCAACUCCAUCCCUGACAAUGAUCAAUGGCCUGACUUUGACAUGCCUAAGAUUGAACCUCCUGCCAUGAAAAGAGGAGUUGGCAGGCCUUGUAGAGAGAGAAGAAGGGAUGAAGAUGAAGAAAGGAAGGGCAAGAGAAGCAAAACCAUUAAGUGCAGCAACUGUCAAUGCUUUGGGCACAACUCAGCUACAUGUAAAGGAGGCCCCACUGCAAAACAAGUUGUUGCUGCUUCUGCCUCUACAAAGGGUAAAGGGAAGCAAGCUGAUGUUGCUCCUGCUUCUGCCUCUGCAAAGGAUAAAGGUAAAAGACCCAUGUCCUAA